CACCCUUCGCCUGGAUCACGAUAUGUUCUUCAGUCGGUACGCUAUCGUAUCAGCACAAAGCAACUCGCCACUUUAUGUGAAGGUACCAGCAUCGAAGUAGGGCACGCAGCCACCAGAGCUCUGCUUCCAGAGACGUCGCUGCAGAUAAAGCCCACUUCCAGAAAAAGAGACAUCUCCAUUUGGUUCGGCGCAAACGUUGUAACCAAGCGACGCUUUUCUUGGCUCUGCUAUGCCACUGAUCUUUCAGCCUCAUUCACAAACCCGCAAAGGGGUAACUUCCAAAGUCAAGCUAAUCGAGUGCCUGUAUUGAGUCUACGAGCAAGCGGUAAUUGUGGACAGUCAUUGAUGAUCAGCCACAUUACUCAUAAGUCGGAGGGGGGGAGCGCUUGA